CAGCAGCACCAACUUCUCCUUCAAUCCUUCCGACUGUCAGCCGCACGGCAACAACCAGCAACAGAACAACAAGCAGAGACUUUUUAAACAUACAACUUCUCUCAUCCAACGCCACCCCGAGCCGGGGGUGGGGGAGAAAGAGAGCACUCAUUAGAAAGAGAGAGGAGCAGACAGACAGAGACACACAGGGAGGGAGAGAGAGAGAGAGAGAGAGAGAGGCUUUAAAAGGGCCGCCGGACGGACGGGACCCCAGCACCAGGUGUGAUACUGGAGUAUAGAUGAAUGUGUCAAAAAUCUGAGGGUGUACUGUUUGUUUUCAAAACUUCAGUUCUUCAAAUGCAGUUAUAACCAGAAGAUCAAGAAAGUGAAGAGUUCUUGUUGGAAGAAAAGUUGAGAUCAACUGAGAAGAAAAUCCGAAAAAAAAACUACUUCAUAUCCAUUUUGAUAAUUUAGCACAGCACCAUGAAAGCCAGCAGCAGAAAUAAAGACCACUCAGCAGAUGGCGAUGGAACUGGGAAAAGACCAAAGCGAAAGUGUCUUCAGUGGCAUCCUCUGCUUGCCAAAAAGAUGCUGGACUUCUCUGAGGAGGAGGAGGAGGAUGAGGAAGAUGAAGAUAUUGACAAGGAAACUUUGCUGAACACCGAGGGUCUUGAACAUGAGGCAGAUGAAACAGAAGAUGAUGACUCCUCUGAACAGCGAGCUCGCAGGCCGAUGAAUGCAUUUCUUUUGUUCUGCAAACGUCAUCGUUCUCUGGUUCGUCAGCAACAUCCUCGCCUAGACAAUCGUGGUGCAACCAAAAUACUGGCUGACUGGUGGUCUGUUUUAGAUCCAAAGGAGAAACAAAAGUACACUGACCUGGCAAAGGAGUAUAAGGAUGCCUUUCUGAAGGCUAACCCUGGUUAUAAGUGGUGUCCAACAACAAACAAACCACUGAAGAGUUCAUCACCAACUGUUACAACAAGAAAGAAGCUCUGGACAUUUCCAACAGAAGCCACCAAGGAGUUUCCCAUCACCAAGAGGGUGGUAAAGGCUGAGGAAAUGCCACAAAUCAACUUUGCCAUGGCAGAUCCCACUCAAAUGGGAGGACUCAGCAUGCUGCUCUUAGCAGGAGAACAUGCCUUGACAGCAAAGGAGAUUUCCUCCAAUACAACACAGUCAGGAGUCCCUGACUCAACCAAGCAGUGUGGGAAUUCAGCAUUGUUUCAGUUAGCAGAGAUGUGUUCGGACCGGUUGGUAACAGAAGGAGUAAAAUCAGAGCCCACCACGUGUACCUCAAAGGAUAGCCAUACACCUGAGAUGCCCACCAUAAAUCCUGGGUUAACUACAAAGGAUAAUAAUGGUAUUAAGCCACAGGACUGGAUUACUAAUGACAAAUCAUUGUCGUUGUUAACUGACACUUCUGUGACAAGUCUUAAUAAAAGUGAAAAAGUUAAGAAGAAGAAAAAGAAAAAGGUUAAACUUGAAAUUACCAAAGCUGAAAAACAGACAUUUAAAAAAAGCGGGAAGAAACGGAAGUCAUCAGAGUCUGACAUGGAAAGCUUAAUGUACACGAUUGAUGCUGUUGCUAAGGGAGACUGGGGCACUGAGAAACCUUCAGGAAGCCCAGUGAAAAGUGCCAGAUGCUCAGCAAAGUCAACGGAAAAUCUGUUACACUCUGUCUCCAGCCCACCAAAGAAAAAGAUGAAACCAAAACCAAUAAAAUUACCUGCUGAAAAGAUUUCAGAACUCAACAAACAUUCAAAGGUUUCUGAUCUUGAGAAAGUUACCAGCAGCCCAGUCAAAACUGAAACUUUUUCUGUCACUGAGCAACUACUUUCCCAUAAUGCACUAAGUGAAGUGAAAGCUGAAAACAAGGAAAUCAGUAAAAAGACAGAAGCAUCUGGGUCCAGAAAAUCUGAGCGAUCAUGUAAGGGUGCUCUGUAUAAGACUUUGGUGUCAGAAGGAAUGUUGACAUCUUUACGGGCUAAUGUUGACAGAGGUAAGAAAGCUUCAGGAAAAGGGGGUUCAUCUGACCAUGAGGGAUGUUGGAAGGAGGAAGAUUGGUCAUUCUCGAAUAUUGGGACAAGUGGAACCAAGAAGUUGAAGAAGUUGAAACAGAAAGAUGAAUCUGCUCUUGGGUUGGGGAAUCUAGAGCAGGAGUUUGCAAAGAAAUUCAACAGCCUUCCACAAUACAGUCCAGUAACGUUUGACCGCAAGAACACAACAGUGACAAGAAAAAAGAAAAAGAAUAGGAGUGGAUCCACUGAUCAACAAAAAAGUGAUAAAGGAUCAUCUCCAUCUCAGAAAAUAGUCAGCAAGUGUAAACACCAAAAGGGAACACAUCAUUUAACUGAUAAAGCCAUAGUACCACAAGAUUUGAACAUCGAGGAACAUGUGGAGAAGUCUGACCAUGCUUCAUCGGUUCCAAGCAGCCCACUAACAGCUGUGACACAAGAACCCCUCGUUGGUAGCCAGAAGCGCAAGGCCAGAAAAACAAAAAUAACGCACUUAAUCCGAACAGCUGACGGGCGCUUGUCACCUGCAGGGGAUCUAUCAAAGGAGAAGAUACAAUGUAAGCAAGAAAAGAAAAAGCAGCCACUAAAGACAGACCCUUCUGUUGGUGGAGUCAACUAUAGUCAUUCAGAAACUGAACAGGCAUGCAGCAUUUCUCCAGAAGUACAAGCAACCUCUGCAAUCCCAGCAUUCUUCAGUCUAGCUGCCUUGGCAGAAGUUGCAGCAAUGGAGAAUGCACAUAGAGGCCAGCGUGCAGUUUCUCUAAACCAUGAUGGACAGCCUAAGGAAAUGGCACAAACCUCAGUACUUAUCCCCUGUGCAGACCAAUAAUGCAUUAUUAUUUUGUAUCUCUACAAAGCCUGGAACACAUAAGAUGGGUCAGUUCGACCUAAUAUUGACUGCGUUGUCAGAGUGUCAUCCUCUCGUGACUGGGUACCUCACACAACAGCUGGGAAACACUGGUUCAGCGGAGCCCCAUGGACAGGCUCAGAAAUUGGGCAUCAAACGUUUACGAAUGGGGCUAAACCAGUUUCUUCAGCUUUUGGUUCCCUAUCUGAAGGCAACCUGGUAUAUAAAAAGAAUAGCUGUUACACAGAACAACUGCCCAUGAAACCUACUGGCAAUUCUUGCCACUGCACGCUACACGAUCAGUGUGAGCCACUCACGUUUGCUGCAAAUUCUAGCUUUUCUUAAGUAACACUGAUGCACUGUGCUAGUGACUAGAUAUCGUCAACCUCUGUUUUUCCUUUUUUUUUGAAAGCAUACUAUGAUUUUGAGUUUCAUGGAAACUGUUUAAUCAUGAACUUCUGCCUGAUUACUGAAAUGAUAUGGCAGGAAAAAUAUUAUUGAAAGUUCUUUACAUUUGCCCAUUGCAUUAAGAUAUUUUAUUUCAAUGGCACCAUUAUUUAGUUGAAAUCUCUGUUAAUCUGUAGUUAAGUUUAAUAGCACAACAUGUCUCUGUGCAGACAGUAAGUACCUUUUGUUACACACAAUCUUUGUGCUUUCCUUUUUUUGUUUUCAAUGAUGAUUUAGUACCUAUUAUUUUUGCUUUCUCUUGCUAAACCUCACUGACCCUGCAAGGGGACAGUUUACUGGACGUGACUGUUUUCCAAUAUACUGUUAAGAUGUGUAAAGUAAUUUGCUUAUUUUUUAAGCAAUUAGGCACUAAUAGUGGCAGAAAUCCUGCAAAGCUUUUUAGGUCCCAACUGUUGCACUGCUGUGUUUUUUUUACAGUGAAUGAUUAUUAUGAUGGUUAUAGGGUUACUAAUUCAACAAAUUACUGAGAAGAUAUUCAGGUUUUAUUUCAGGUUGCAGAAGUAUAUCAGCACAAAGGAAAAAAAGUCUUCUGUCAGACCAACAGCUAGAAUUACUGAUGUUUCAUACUGCUUAGCUUGAAUACAAAAUAUCUUUCUUCCCAUUUGGUUGAAGAUCAUGUUACCAGAAUGGCAAACAACAUGGACUGUAAAUGAAGUUUCAAAGCAGUAGCACAAUUUUGAGGGUCAAUGAAGUAAUCAGCAGCACACAAAGACAGUUCUUCACUUCCAUGAAGCCAUGAAAUAAUAUAAGACCAGUUGGUGCAUGGAUAUUGUGAUUGUUAGUGCAACAUCCUGACGUCAACAAAUACAAGAUAUUAAUUGUGCAAGACAAAGUCUAUUUUUUGGUGUUCUGUAUGUAAUAUACCCAGUUUUUAUAAGCUGCACAUAAGGAUUAGUACAUGCUGUUCACAUCAGAAAUGUUUUGUUCUUUCAGAAGAUUGUGACUGGAAUUUGCAUUAGAAAGCUAAUAAUAAGUACCAUGGCACAGUUAUAAUGAAACAUGUAUUAGAUGCUGCCGUCUGAACUAAACAAAUCUAUAGUUGAUAUACAAAAUCUAUUUCUGUCUGGAUUGAACACAUAUUAAACCUGAGCAAAAUCAGACUCAGGCAAGAUGUUCUUAACAGAUUCAGAUUUAGUCUAAUUUUAAUCUUGAAUAUUUUUGAUAAAUUGUCAUAUUUACAGCUGUGUUAAAGUUUUGGUAAAUCUGAUAUGAAAAAUCUAUGAAAUGUUGGUUUCUCAGUUCAGAUUUGUGCUUCAAAAAAUAAUAUCUCGAAGGGUGUAGUGGUAGGAGAGAAAGCUAUCUGUACACAGUCACCUUUUUGAGUUUUAAAUUUAUUAGUGCUUUUCAAUAUACUUUUCUCUCAUUUAGCUCUAUGAUGACCGUUAUAAAUUUAUUCAAAAUGCCUUGCUUUGAACCCUGAUUUUGACAAUAAGAUAAAUAGGUUUUUUGAUCCUCGGGGAUUGGAUUUGAUUUAGUUUCAAACGAGUUUCUAGGUAUAGAUACUUGGAAGGUGUGUAAUGGUUGCCCUGAAGAAGAUGAAAAUACAAAUAAUACGUCAGUAUUAGUCGUGAUCAGGAUUUUUAAAACAGAAAUCAGUUUCCAUUAUGGCUUUGUGGCUUCAUGAAUCACCAUUGAAUUAAGAUGCAAUUUUCAUUUGCGAUCUUGGGCUGCAUCAGCUGAUCUCCCUCGUGUUCUGUAGUAAUCUGGUUUUUCCUUGGUGCCCCAGAGAUUACCUGUACCUGUUGGGCGCGUCCAACGCACUGCUGUAAAUGAACUCAUUGGUACCAAAACUGACCCUCGACUCUGUUGUCCGCAGUGUAAAAUAGCAAGGCAAUUGACCAGGAUAGGGCAGUAGGACAGAAAAAUGAAGAGAGCAAUGUGCAGGAGUAAAUUUUCUAAAAUGUGCAGAACAUAAAAACCUGGAUAAGUCUAAUUAUUUCAGAUUGGGCCAAUGUUUACUUCUUUGUCUUUAAAGAAUCAUCUGUUCAUGAGGUUAACAGUUUUAUUUUUAGAGGCAUUCAUCCUAAUACAGGUCUCACUGCAAUUUUGUGCCAGUUUGUAGUUCAUACUCAAACUUUGCAUAGAGAGGAGAAGCAAGAAUAGGUAUCCAUUAGAUCCAAACAGAGUCUAAACUGCAAAGAACUGUAGCAUUUCACUUUGAAUCUCCAGGUGUCAUUCAGAGAAUGAACUUGUCAAUUUUGCUGACAAUGUGAAAAUAGUCAGCUUUUACACAUUAAUGCUCAGAAGGUGCAUUUACUUGCCUACUCCCUCCCCAUACUCCAUAUUCUCCUCCUUGUUCAGCCCAUCCAUACUUAACUUUUACAUGAUAAAGCACUGAAUUGAAUAUUCAGAUUUCCAUAGCAAAGUAGGCAUUUGGACCUUGAGAAAGUUGUUGCAGUAUUGUUGAUCUGCUUUAUUUCGAAGUUUUGGUUUUCACGGUUGAAUACCAGGAAAUGGAUACACCUCUCUUAAAGCAUUACAAACUUGUAAGUGAAAAUCCUUCCCCUGACUUGUAUCUGAAGUGUGCUUUUAAUUUAUCCAGGAACUAAUACUGAACAGCACAAAUUAUCAUGAGGCAUAAAAUUUCUGUUUGUUUAUGUAAACAGAUCCUGAAAUGUUUUUGUUAAACCAUGCUGAGAUCUUUACAUCAAUCUUGAGUUAUGUAAAAUUAAUUAAACGGGAUUCAGGGUCUAAACUAAACUAUAGAAUUAAGGCAAAUGGAAGUGAAAUAUUGUAACUUAUUGCCACAACCUAUGUAGAAUUAAUUGGAACAAGGCUGCAUUGUACUCAACUUCUUCAAGAUUGAUAGGACAGUUUCUCAGUUAGUUUUGGGGUUUGCACAUCUCUUCCAUUGGCUUGAAAUAAGAACAGAAAUGCCCAUCCUGGUAACAUGAUCCUUGUGUGACUGCUUUAUACAAUUACUCAUUACACUGUCAUUCUAGCUGUAAAGAACGUUUUGUUAACUUUUUGUGCAAUUGCCAUCCUUUACUUGUCAUUAGAAAUGUCUUUUCCUCGUUGUAGAAACCAGCUUUUGCCCAAAGUCUAGCUAAUAUUUAAAAAUGGGAAAAGUACACUCAUUACUGUAUUUAAAUGUUCAUAAUGCUUUUACACAAAAGUUGAGUAUAAUGAGAAAAAGUGUCUACUUUUUAUGCCUGACCAAGUAGAAUACAAUUCGUUGUAUUUUUGCAUUUAUUUUUGUUUCCUUUACCUUUAAUUGACUUUAAGUGACAUUUCCAUUAGAUUAAUAGUUGGGAUGUGGAGUUUAACUAUGAUCUCCUUUCUUUGAAUUGUAACAAGAGCGUGUGAUGAUAUUGAAGUAUAGCUUGUUGCACUUGAUAUCACUUUUUAGCAUGUGAAAAGGUCCUAAGAUUUGGAUAUGAACAUAGAUGUGAGUUCCUAAAAGCGCUACUAUAAUAUGUAUCAGCUUAAUAUGGGAGUGUGCCCAUUUACUUAUACUGAAGCACAUUAACAUUCAUGGAUGGGGAAGUGAGGAACAAGGAGAAUUGAUAAUUCAUCUACAUGUUCUACAGUUUGUUUUUACUGCGAUAAUUUAUUGUGUCAGAAGCAUUGAAAACGGCAAGAGUUACCACAGAGUGAAUUUAUUAUUCAUUCAACACUGAAGCGGACAAGAAGAGUUAUAUCGUUGGGUUACAGGAAUGGCUCACUUUAUUUUCCUUUCUUUGAAACAUUAAUAAACUCUUAAAUUUUAUGCUUGGACAGAUUUAAAUGGAUAUGCCAAUUAAGACUUGGAAAAGAUAAGAUCUGUGCUAGAAAUUUCCUUGAGGUUUCUCUUAUUUUAAAACAAUUACGUUAGCAGAUAUUUACCACAAAUCUUGCUUAAGCAUGAAGUCUGUUUAGCUGAAGAACAAGGGAAAUCCCUGUAGAAAUUCCCAAAAUAGAAAUUUAACAAACAGGAGAUUAACCCUUUGGGCUUUCAGUGUUCACUGUUGUUUCCAAACAGGAUAAUUUUGUCCUUAGAGUCUAUUUUGAUGUUUUAAUGUUUAAUACAGAAUUAAGUAUUCGUGGAACAUUAAAUAGAUAAGGGUUGUCUAACUAAACUUAACCAUGCAUUUACCUUGUUGGACAAUACAUGCCCUGUCAUUAAAAGUUAAAUUUAAUAGGUUGCUGCAGGGGAAUAACUUUGUAAUAUCCCUGUUAAAUGUGGCACCAACAAUGGUUUGUAUCCAUGUUGUAGAUUGUGCCCCCACAGACAUUGCUGUGACUAACCCAACAUAAAGACCAUAGAGCUGCAUUUGACAGCUGGCAUUACAAGUUACAUAAUUAGUUAUAGCAACUGUGUUGAAUUUUCACAGAGUAAGUCAUUUAAAUGCACUAAACCAAGCAUUACAUUAUAUAGUGUAAUUUCCUACUGUCUAAUGAGGAAAAUAAGUGUCUAACCGUUCAUUUGCAAGUGAAGUAUUAGAUUAGAGGAAGUAAAUCUAUAACUAUCUACAGGAUGAUGCUUUGCCAGGCACUUGGAUUGUCUACUUUGACGUGCUAUUUUUAAAUUCUUACGCCCCUAAUCGAUACAUUAUCAGCAAGAUGGAUAUCAAAAUCACGGACUUUUUCUUUGUAAGAAUAUACUGGGCAACAGAGUCAAAUUGUAAUUGUUGGUGAGACUGUCAUGAUGAAGUACCAGUUUUGGUUUUACCUAAAUCUCUUUUACUCUUGCAAACAGCAGAGCUGUGAACAACAUGUUAUGUUUAAUAGCAUUCCCGUGGUAAAUUGAGAAUUCUGCCGCAGUUUCAUUUUUCUUUUAAUGUAACUUUCUUCAGAGUCACUUGGAAGCAUUUGAAGCCAAAACUCAGUUGCAGCUGGUUAGUGAUACGGGCUGCAAAAAAAAUGUUUGGCAACCAAAAGUUCCCAAGCCGCCGUCAUAUUUUUCUUGUCAAAAAAGUGCAGCCUAAAAUAUCAUUGAAGUUGUCACUAAUUCACACUGAUCAUGACUUCAAGAGAAUUAGCUAAAAUGAAAAGUUUUAAUGCAAGUUUGGUUACAUCUGAAAGACCAUUUGCACCUGAAAGUUGCUGUUAUUCUAUAUGGGAAUAGACUAUUUAGUUACAGCUCAAUUUAUACAGAAAGGAUUUAUCUGAUUUUUUUGACGCAAAUAUUAUUUGCAAAGCAUAAUCCAAUUAACUUGUACUGAUGAAUUCUAGUUAGAGAGCUUUAAUUAUUAGAAAAUGCAAUAACUCGCCGUUUAUUGCAGCCCCUCAUCAUCGCUGUUCAUAGUGAGCACAAUGGUAUGUGACUGUUCUAAGAAUGGCAUGGUGUGUGUGUUUCCAAAUUUUGUUUGUAGGAUACAGAAAAAGGGGUGACAGUGCAACAGUCUUAAAGGUGUAACUUCAUUUCUGACAAAUUGAGAAUGGAAAUUUGACAAAUUCUGAUUGUUAACAGCGCAAUUAAUUUUGUUUCAGGCCAGGUUUUCUAGUUGCUCAGUUCAUCUGUCAUACAAACAAACAACUGCUGAGCCAAAAGUUAGUUUGUCCUUAAACCAUACUCUUGAGUAGUUAAUGAAAUAGCUACAGAUUAUUGCUGCAAUGUAAUUAUUGUUUUGUUUAGCCAACUGAACCUAGGAUGUUGAUCCACUCUUUCAUAGUGGUUACAAAAAUAUGCUGUGUGGAUGUAACUUCUGAACUCAAAUCUAACAUGCACAAUUUUUGAGUGUAGAUGUUUAUUUUAAAUGAAGUUAGAAUUAUAACAGAAUGGAUAAUAUAACUUUGAGUAAAGUUUUUUUUAUGAACGAGAAUAAGGCACAUUUAACAAACUCAAAAUGUGCAACAUAUUCUAGGAUACUGUUUUAUUUGGCCUUAAAAAAUGUUUAGUAAGAUAUUUAACUAUUUUUUUGAAUUGGUGUUGGAGACAAAGAUGGCUUUGCAAAAGUUAAACUUUUUUAUUGUGCUGGAUAUAGUUGCUGCAGUAACAACUUGUGGCCAAAGAGAUCAUUCAUAAUUGCAUUUCCUACAUAUUGAUUCCAAAUAAAUAAAAAGUUUAAUUUUUGGGAAAGAGAUUUGGAAGAUUAAGAAUAACUCUAAUGACCCAGUUAUGUGUACCAGCUGAAAUGUUUGUGCCAUACCCUUUCAGUCAUGAUUUCAAGUCAUGGUGAAAGUAGCAAGAUCAGUAGAGCACCUAAAUAAUGGUGGAAAUGGUAUGCAGUAAUAAAGCAUAGCCCACCAUUAGAAACAGUAGAAUGUAGCCUACAUGGGGUUGGCAGAGAACUAAGUGAUGCACCUGUAUUUUUGACCAAAUGUAUGAUACAGUUUAAUAUUUCAUAAAUUCAAGUUUGUUGUAGAGCAAUUAACAAAAUGAUUCCAGUAGUAUAUUUUUAAAUGGUGGUUUGACUGAUAGACUGAAAUAUUUAAUGUUUGUGGAAGGGUGGGGUGAACUAGUUUAAUGAUGUAUUAUUGAUUUUAAUUUUAAAACCAAAAAAAAAAUGCAGGGAUGUUUCCUGAUUCACAAGUAUUAAGCAAAUUAUAUUUCAUACAAACAAAAUAUAGACAUAAAUAAUUAGAUUCCAGAAGGUGGUCAAUACCAUGUUGACUAUCCCAGAAAAUCAACAUUAGUCUUUAUGAAUGUCUGUGACCUCGAGGCUUUGAUUUUAAUACUGAGACUAUUUAAAGGAAGACCCCAACGUGUUCCAUACAAACAUAGGGUUAUACACUCUUCUGUUAAUUCAGCCAUAUGUUUGCACUUAAUUAUUCAGUUUGCCAUAUUAGAGAUUUCAAUAGCACAACAAGGUGGGAUGUUAAUGCUCAAAAUUGAACAGUCAGAUAGUCUGACUUGGAAAUAAAAGUAAACUGUACAGAGAAAAACAUGUUCAGUUUGUAAAAACAAAGAAAAGUGGAGCACCAUUAGUUUUAAGUUUUACACUUGUUUCCUGGCUGUUGACUGCCCCGUUACAUGCCCAAUAUAGUCACGUGUCUGCCGACAGUGAAUAAAAUAACUAUUAUCGCGAAGAAAAUUUCUGUUAUAUUAACUGUUAUAUCUUUUAAAUCUAAAUUAGCGACAUAAUACCAUCACACAUAAUAAGGCUGUUUAUACAGACCUAAAAGUCUGUCACUGAGGCUGCCUGGUGAUUAUUUUAUUAAAAACAAAUUUUCUGCCAUUGUUCGUAUUGUUCAAACUUGUUUAAGAUUUCUUGAGUUAUGUUGUCCCAGUCAAUGCACUUCCAAAGAGCUGGCUGUUCAAUGACAAACCAUCCUGAUAUCAAGUCUGAGGCCUUGACAUCUGUUGCAGCAGAUACUCAUUUGGAGGUCACCAUUGUGAUGUUUUAAAAUGACAUUCAUUCUCUUUUUUUAUACUAUUUUCAAACUUUUGAUUUCGAUUCAAGCCUAGAUUGGUGUUCUUGUUUCAACAGUGCUAUUAUCAUACUGUAUUUUGGAUCUUAACUGUCAUGCCAACUGUUUAAUCUUUGCAAAUGCAUAGAACAAUAUAGAAUGCUUCCUUUGAACAUUCACAGCAAGUGAACUUUUACUGAUGUAGUUGGAAAAAUCCUCCUAGUUCACUGGGAUUUAAUUAUUUGGGUGUGAGGUUCACGGAGCUGGACAACUGUCCACUAUGAGCCAAUGGGUUUGAUGCAAAAACUCGAUCAGCGACAGAGCAAAACUGCAAAUAUCCCUCUGUUAAUGAGUCGGAUCACAGUUGACAGUUCUUCAGUUUUUGGAGGCCUUUGAUGAUUCGUAUGCUGCAAAUUAUUUAUGUUCAUAAAAUGUAAAAAAAAGUUUCAGAUGUGUAAAUGUAACCAUAGAUACCAGUAGUGUCAUUAUGGCAGUGUUUGGUGGCAAAUGUUUCAUCACAGUUUGAUAUCUCAGGAAGGUGCUGAAACCUCUAAUUGCAUUAAUCAAACUCAUGCAUCCAACACUUAAUAAAAUCACAAUUCACAAAAGUACCAAAUUAGCAAUGUAAUUACAUCACAUAAUAAGUCUGUUUAUAUAGACCUAAAUGUCACAAGCUGAGGCUGCCCAGUGAUUUUUAUUUAAUUCUCUGCUGUUGUUCGUAUUGUAUAAACUUAUUUAACAGAUUUCUUGAGCUGUCCAAGUCAGUGCACUUCCAAAGAGCUGGCUGUUCAAUGACAAACAAACCAUCGUAAUAUCAAGCGUGAGAUCUUGAGAUCUGUUGCAGAAACCAUUAAGAUGUAAAGGUCCCGUGUCAUCACAGACUUUGUUCUGGAUAACCCCACUCUAUCUGAAAAGGACUAGCUAAGUGUGGUAACAAUUGCAGUGGUAUUUAAAAAUUACUUGCAGGAUUAGUACACUGUUAGGCAUGCACAGAGCAGAUGUCAUGACUUUAAAUAUUCAGUGACAUCAUUGCUCUACUGAAAUAUUUGCCUUUUACUCCUUGUUGCAGGCAACAAAGUAGAUAACAUAGAGCCUUUAUUUGUAUGAUCAAUAGUGUACAACAAUUCAGAACAUUAACUGAAAGGAUAUGUGGUGUGCUUGAACAGCAUCUUCAGUUUAAUCUUGUAAGCUAUUUGGUUAAACACACUCAUGGUAACUGGGAGACUGCUGUAAGUUCUCAUUUUGAUGUUCCUAGAAGAGUAAUUUCAGUGAAGUAUAAUUUUGAAGACAUGAAGUAAAAUUCAUGAUUAUGUUCGGAUAUCCCCAUUACACGAGAAUCAGUUCUUGUUACAGAAGGUGCCUGUGUAUAUAGCUCCUUUGUAUUGCUUUGAGCAGAGUCCCUUAUAUAUUUCUUACUAAUAUGCUCUGUAGAAAUUGAAUUCAGAAAUUUUACUACUGAUAAUUAAGAGUUUAAAGCCACUAAUUAUAUUAAAGUUGCAUAAUUUGACAGAUGAUCAUUUUAUAUUGCGUACUGUUUAUUGCCUGUCUGUUUAGUUUUGUGAUUGAAACACAUUUCCUUUUUCCUCUGUUAUAAUGCUGUAUGCUGCUGCAGUGUUAUUCUUAAUCAUUAUUUCCUAGCAGGCAAUAAAGCAUAUU